UACCCAAGGUUACCCCUCGCUAUAUAACGAAAUUGUCGACUGGGGGGGCACUAGUUACCUCUUUGCCAGCAUCCGGGAAAUUUUCACCAUGUUUUUUUUGUUACUUUCCCUGACUCUAGCGGCCACCGUCCAAGGCCAAGGCUACCACGGCGACCCAAGAACGGCCGCCAUCUUAGCAGAGGAUCGCUACCUGCAAGCUGACGGGCGGUUCGGCGCUCAAUACCAACAAGAGGACGGCGUAAACUUCAAAGAAACCAGCUCUCCUGAUGGUACGCGACAGGGAAGUUACUCUUACAUCGACCCCAACGGUCAAAGGCACACCAUCUCUUACACGGCCGGUAAACAUGGAUUUAUGGCGACAGGAGACGGUAUCCCCCAACCGGUACCGACUACUCUGCCAGUAGCACCGCAACCUAAUUACACACCUUUACCUCAAUACAAUCCUCCAGAAUAUUCUAGGCCAAGACCGCAACCACAAUAUCAGCCUCAACCUCAAUACCAGCCACAACCGCAAUACCAACCACAACCUCAAUACCGGCCACAACCCCAGUACCAGCCACAACCACAGUACCAGCCACAACCACAGUACCAACCACAACCACAGUACCAAACCACUACUCCCAGCCCACACAGAUUUUACCCUCCCGGUAAAUUAUCCUUGAACAGAUCCCCUGAUGGUUAUCAGUUCAGUUUUAAGAGUGCUUAGGUUGUGUUUGUUAUCUAGACAGGCUGUGUUUAAAAUUUUAGAAUAAUAUUUUGAAUUUUUAAAAUAAUAACAGUCAUGUGUCAUCUUGACGUUUAGAUUUUUUCAGUAAACCGUGACAGUUUUAAUAGUUUAAUUAAAAUUUAAAGAUUGGUAGUAAUAUUUUUGUGAAGUGUCACUUUUACUGUCAAAUAUUACUCUGUCAAGAUGACAUUUGACAUUUAGGGAAUGACAGGUGUUUAAAAUAGGUUGUAAAAUGUCUAAAUAGCUGGUAAUUCAAUUUUUUUGUUUUUAAUGUCAUUAAAAUAUUGAUAAAAGUAAAUUUAGAACUAUAUUAAUCUAUACUUUUUGUCCAUUUAAUAUUGUAAAUUUAGAUUUACUUUAUUUAGCAAUAUUUUGUGACAUCUUUGUGAGUAUAGUAGGU